AUGGAUCCAAGCUAUAAAGCCCGUAAGGAGGCAUUUGUAUCCAACCUUGUCGGAAGCACGAUAUUCGAAAUCAACAGCGUCACUCUAGUUGCUUCAACCUCCGUUAUCCUCUGGUCCGCGCUCCAGUCUCGGCUGUCAUUCUUCACGCCGUACGGCCCCGCCGGAAUCGCGGCCGACUUUAUCCUCAACGUACUAGCCAUCCUGUUCGCAACGACCGCAUACUCGUCCGCACCCCUCCUCCUCAACAUCUUCCUCAUUUCCCCCGCCGUACUGCUAUUCCUUACUCGACACAGUCAGCGUACUCCUCAAAAAGCGAAACCACCCCGCAAAUCAAAGGCCAAAGAUGAGUCCCCCGAAGACCAGCUGGCAUUGCCCGUCCACCCGUUCUUGACAACAUAUCGCGCCGCCAUGAUGAUCGUCACCUGUGUGGCAAUUCUGGCGGUUGACUUCCGCGCAUUCCCACGUCGCUUCGCUAAGGUCGAGAACUGGGGAACGUCUCUAAUGGACCUAGGCGUGGGUUCCUUCGUGUUCUCUGCUGGAGUCGUCUCGGCGCGCGCAGUGCUGAAGGGCCGCAACUCAAAGGCCCCGAAGGUCGCCUUACAUAAGAGAUUGAUUGGUUCCGCUCGACACUCCAUUCCUCUGCUUGUCCUGGGGCUCAUCCGGCUGUGGAGUGUGAAGGGACUGGACUAUGCAGAGCAUGUUACGGAAUAUGGAGUGCAUUGGAACUUCUUCUUCACACUUGGCUUUUUGCCUCCGUUUGUGGAGCUGUUCGACUCACUGACGACGUUGAUCCCGUCAUACGAGGUGCUUGCGCUUUUGACUGCGGUCUUUUACCAAGUCGUUCUAGAGUCAACUGAACUCAAGCGGUACAUUCUCGUGGCGCCCCGUGGACCCGAUCUGCUGUCCAAGAACCGCGAGGGGAUCUUCUCUUUCAUCGGGUAUUUUGCCAUCUUCCUCGCGGGGCGUGGUGUUGGGAUUCGCAUCAUUCCCCGAGGCACUUCGGCGACGAAGUCGCCACAGCAAGCGCGGAGAUCCGUUUUGCAGAGCUUGGUUCUUCAGGGAUUGUUCUGGUCGACUAUCUUCUUCUUCAACUCCACUUACGCAUUUGGCCACGGUGCUAACAUCCCCGUGUCGCGUCGGCUCGCCAACAUGCCAUACGUUUUGUGGGUAUCCGCAUUCAACAGUGUCCAACUCUUCUUGUUUUGCUUGACCGAGACUGUCUUCUUCCCAGCAGUUCAUCGCGCAACAACCAAGGAAAGUGAGGCGGAGCAAGCAAAAUUCGCGACCAGUCCGAUUCUGCACGCCUUCAACCGUGGAGGACUUGCCCUCUUCUUGAUUGCAAACCUCCUGACUGGAGCAGUCAAUCUGAGUGUCCCAACACUGGAUAUGAACACACCCCAGGCCAUGGGCAUUCUCAUUGUCUAUGCGGCGGUCCUGACCGGUGCUGCCUUGGCAAUGGACAAGUUCAACAUCAAGUUGAGCUUGUAA